AUGCGGCGCUCCUUUCGAGCCGCUUCGAUCCUCUCCUGCAUCGUGCUCUUUGCAGACUCGAAACCCGUGCAAGGAGCUGCUGAUCCUUUAUGUUCCCUGCCUCCAGUCUCGUAUGCGAAAGCCAAAACCGCGUACCCGGCAUCCGCCUUCGCCAUUGAGGCGCUGGAGAAAUACAGCAUCGCAACGUGGUACUCCGAUCGGUUUGUUAAUGGAGACUAUGCCCAGCUCGCAGCUGACCUUGUGACGGCUUGCCCCCCUGACUCCCGGAUCAGUGUCGUCGUCUAUGGCUUGCCGAAUAAAGACUGUGCUGCUCAAGAGUCAACGGGUGGGGGCACGGUCUUCUCGGCUUCGGACUAUGCAGCGUUCAUCACGACACUGGCCUCCGCAAUCGGGGACAGGAAGGUGCUGUACGUUCUCGAGCCGGACGCUAUUGGGCUGCUGGCAGAUACCACAAAAUGCGGCCAAGGGGCUGGAUACCUCGCCAACCUGCAGACUGCUAUUAAGUUGUUGUCCCAGAAGAACGCGAAUGCGGAGAUUUACUUGGACGUGGGCUACUGGGCUCUCGAGUACCCUGCCACGUCUACAGCCGUAGCAGAUAUCGUGAAGCAGCUCGUGUCAGCGACGUCCAGAGUGAAGGGCAUUAUGCUCAACACGUCCAACUAUCAGUCCACGAGCACGUUAGCGACUCUGUGCAGCAAGUUCCAGCAAGCCAUUGGCUCGACGGACCUGCACUGCAUCUUUGACACGUCCCGCAGUUAUCAUGGAGGACCGGCGUCGAACGAGUGGUGCAACGUUAAGAGUGCAGGGAUCGGAGCUUUGCCUACGAAGGAGACAGGGCUGAGCAACGUCGACUACUUCAUUUGGGCCAAGCCACCAGGAGACAGUGAUGGGACGUGUGAUGGUCGCACGUCCGAUUCGAUGCACGGUCCUGGAGCCGGCGUCUUCUUCAACGACUUGUUCCAGUCUCUUUGGAACCAAGGCGUUAUGGUAGCUGAGAAGGGGUACCCUAUGAUUGACGGCAAGGUGCACAGCUUUGCGACAAUGCCGCAGGAUACGGAAUCGGAACAGAGUCAAAAUCAGACCCAGCAGGAUGAAGACCAAGGGCAGAAGCUUUGGACCAAGUACAAUGCGGCCCUGCCACUGCUGAAAUCUACGUCGCUUCAAAAGAGAGGCAGCACAUCCAUCGCCAUGGCUUCCACGAUCGAUGGCGAGACUGUUGUCAAGUCGACUGAAAGUCUUCUGAAGACGGACGAAGUGCCGUCUCAUGCUUCCCCGGCAUCAGUGCGGAAGCAUGCAGCAAGGUUGGCUGACAGCCAUCAGAUUUCGAACGCGAGCUCCAGCAGCUCGACCAUGGGCAGUAGCGUGGUUGUCAUCUGUGCUAUUGCGGCUGCAGCAGUCGUGGUGCUCGCUGCCGUUGUUUACGUCCGUCGCCAUCAGUCGAGGACGUUAAGUGAGAGCAAAACCCAAGAGCUGUCAGCACUAGCCCCUUUGCCGACAACAAUCGUCGAUUUUCGCCCUCAACCAGCUCUCCGUGCUCAAGACUCGUGCCUGUUGUAG